AAUAAAUAACCAUGAUGACGGCUGCCCUCUACAGCGAUGGCUGUCUGCCAUUACUUUUAUGCUGCCACGCUUUUCACAUCUAUGUAUAGCCGAUUCUAUUCUUGUAGUGGUCAGGAGUAAUGCAAACACUGCACACUUGCUCAGAUGCAUCUGCCUUGCUUUGGAAUACAUCAUGUAGUCAAUAGUGCUGUGAAUGUCUUCAAAGCCAGGUUUGACUUUGCAGAAGUGGGUAGGUAUAUCUAGAUGAAAAUGGCAGGAGGUAACUUGAUGGAGACGAGUAGCUGUGCUAGUGCGAGGAAGACACUUUACCAGCCAAUGGGUUUCACGAAAACAGUGAAAGUGAGAUUCGGUGACCGUGUUUUUACAGUGGACAGGAGCCUCCUAGAGCAGCAUUGUGAAUACUUUCAAGCUCUUUUCCAAUCUGGGAUGAAGGAGUGCAUGGAGGAUGAGAUUUGUCUUCAGGCGCCGAGUGUUCAUGGCUUCCUGGUAGCCCUUCGUGUCAUACAUGGAGAAAGACCUGUGUUGAGCGCUGACGAAAUCGUUGACGCCAUCCAAUGUGCCGUGUUCCUUCAGAUAGAGCUACUAACUGAGCAUCUCAUCGCUAAUAUCAAUUCAGACAACUGUCUUCUAAUGUAUCACACAGCAGCUACUUUUGGGUUACUGAAGCUCUUCAAGAGUGCAGCUUUGUUCAUUCGAGACAUGUAUGUAGACCUCAAAGAAGAUGUAAAGUGCUUGCCAGAGGAUCUGAUUGAACAUAUAGAGUCUCUUGUUCCUAGCUCCUACAUCACCGUCGGCACUCAUUCGCCGACCAUCAAGCUAUUGCAGGACUUCAUGAGGACCGUUUGUUAUCUUGAUGAGGAUGAGAAAGACUGGAAGGUUCUCGCCCACUUGCCUCUCAACGCCAGCACCACCAUGGCAGGAGUCACGGUUUUAGACAACAAGCUGUACAUUGUUGGAGGAGUCUAUGACAUUUCCAAUAAAGUUGUGGAUACUGGUUUCUGCUAUGAUGUAUCUACAGACACUUGGAGCACUUUCUCCAGCCCCCAGCAACUUCGCUACAACUGCACCUUGAUCGGCCAUGUGGGCGACCUUUAUAUCAUCGGCGGAGAGUAUGAGAAGACCGUAAUGUCUUCUGUGGAGAAGUACAAGGUCUCUUCGGACACCUGGAGCUUCGCUGCUCAUCUUCCAAGACCUGCAUCCGCCGUCGCUUGCGCCAAAGCCAUGAGAAGACUGUUCAUCUGCCUUUGGAGACCUAAAGACGCUACUGAGAUUUACGAGUACGUCGCAAACAAAGAUGAAUGGGUGUUAAUCACAACACUCGUUCGGCAUCAGAGUUACGGACACUGCAUGGUGGCCCACAGGGACAAUUUGUACGUCAUGAGGAACGGGCCGUCUGAUGAUUUUUUGAGAUGCGUGAUGGAUUGUUACAAUCUGACCUCAGGUCAGUGGACGGCUAUGCCCGGGCAGUACGAGAACAGUAAAGGGGCUUUGUUUACUGCGGUAGUGCGGGGCGACUCUGUGUUCACGGUGAACCGCAGAGAGACGUUGGAAUACGCCAUUGAGGACAAUAAAUGGAGGAUGAAAAAACAAAUGACUGGAUUUCCAAGAAUUGGCUCCAUGUGGACGUUCCUCUUGAGACUGCCAAAGCGAAGCAGAGAGCUUUUACAAAAGACAGAUAAUGGAGUCGAGAUCUACUCCGACCCCAGCUCAAGUGCUUCUGUACAUUGUGUUGACUGAAUUUAUUAAUAAUAGCGGUAAAAAAAAAGAUUCCUAGAAUCUGACAUUAGUUUAGUGCUUCAAAUAUUUCCAGAAAAAAAGGGAUAGGUUGGAAGUAAGUUUUGCAUUUUUUCCCACUUUUAUUGUAAGUUCAGAAAAAGUGAGGUAAGUUUCUACUUUUAGAUGUGCAUGAUUAAAUAAAAAUGUUGCAACCUGUCAUUACACAUUUUGUCCUGUUGCAAACAAAACGUAAAAACCUUUAUAAUCUUUAAAAAAGUUUCUGCUGUCC